UAGCAUUUUUUUCCUUGGGUACAGUGAAUUGUUAGAACACUUAAUUGUACUGUCAGAAGUUUGAAUCCCUUACUAUAAGUAAUAGUAUUACAAAAUCUGUAUGUUAGAAUUGUUUAAAUUUUUUCUUAAUAGGAAAAUUUACAUGGUCAGAUAAAUGUAUUUAGGUUUUAAACUUAACUUUUCUUGGAUAACAAUUCUUAAAGCAUUGUACUUUUUUCUGCAGAUUGAUCAGACAGCCGAUGCAAGUUUUUUGGGCUGGGUUAUUGCUUCAUUUAGUCUUGGCCAAAUGGUAGCUUCACCUAUAUUUGGUUUAUGGUCUAAUUAUAGACCAAGAAAAGAACCUCUCAUUGUCUCCAUCUUCAUUUCCGUGGCAGCGAACUGCCUCUAUGCGUAUGUUCACAUCCCAGCUUCUCAUAAUAAAUACUACAUGCUGGUUGCUCGUGGAUUGGUGGGAUUUGGAGCAGGAAAUGUAGCAGUUGUUAGAUCAUAUAUUGCUGGUGCUACUUCCCUUCAGGAAAGAACAAGUUCCAUGGCAAAUACAAGUGCAUGUCAAGCAUUAGGUUUCAUUCUAGGUCCAGCAAGUACAGAUGAAGUUCAGGUUCCCCAAGGAAAUAUUGAUCAUGUUGCUGUUGUGGCCUCCAAUGUUCUGUUUUUUGUGGUUCUAUUUAUUUUUGCCCUUUUUGAAACCAUUGUUACUCCAUUAACAAUGGAUAUGUACGCCUGGACUCGAGAACAAGCAGUAUUAUAUGAUGGAAUAAUACUUGCUGCUCUUGGAGUUGAAGCAGUGGUUAUUUUCAUGGGGGUUAAAUUACUUUCCAAAAAGAUUGGUGAGCGUGCUAUUCUACUGGGAGGACUCAUCACUGUAUGGGCUGGCUUCUUUAUCUUGUUACCUUGGGGAAAUCAAUUUCCUAAAAUACAGUGGGAAGAUCUACAUAAUAAUUCAGUCCCUAAUACUACCACGUUUGGGGAAAUUAUUAUUGGUCUUUGGAAGUCUCCAAGAGAAGAUAACAAUGAAGGACCAACUGGUUGUCCAGUUGAACAAGCCUGGUGCCUCUAUACCCCAGUGAUCCAUCUGGCCCAGUUCCUCACAGCAGCUGUGCUAAUUGGAGUAGGCUAUCCAGCGUGCAAUGUAAUGUCCUAUACAUUAUAUUCAAAAAUUCUAGGACCAAAACCUCAGGGUGUAUACAUGGGCUGGUUAACAGCUUCUGGAAGUGGAGCACGGAUUCUCGGGCCUGUUUUCAUUAGCCAAGUGUAUACUUACUGGGGACCACGAUGGGCAUUCAGCCUUGUGUGUGGAAUAAUGGUGCUCACCAUCACACUCUUGGGAGUGGUUUACAAAAGACUCAUUGCUUUUUCUGUAAGAUAUGGGAGUUCAAGAAUAAACUAGGUAAGACUGUGAUGAAAAGUA